CCCACGCCCACCCCCACUGCAGACCCCAUUCCCCGCUUUGGGGUCAGCACUGAGCAGGAGGAGCUGCUGGAACAGGAGCUGCAGAGCCUCAACGAUUGGGGGCUGAACAUUUUCCGCGUGGCUCAGUUCUCCAGCGGCCGCUCCCUGAGCUGCAUCGUCUACAGCGUCUUUCAGGAACGCGGGCUGCCCGGCCGCUUCUCCAUCCCGCUGCCGGUUCUGCUGCGCUUCUCGCGGGCGCUGGAGCUGCGCUACCGGCGGGACGUGGCCUAUCACUGCAGCCUGCACGCGGCCGACGUCCUGCACGCUGCGCACGUCCUGCUGCGCUGCACCGCCCUGCGCGCGGUGUUCUCAGACCUGGAGGUUCUGGCCGCCCUCUUCGCCGCCGCCAUCCACGACGUCGAUCACCCCGGGGUCACCAACCAGUUCCUCAUCAGCACCAACUCGGCGCUGGCCCAGCUCUACAACCAGCAGUCGGUGUUGGAGCAGCACCACGUCGCCGUCGGUUUCCGGCUGCUGCGCGACGACGGCUGCGACAUCUUCCAGAACCUCAGCAGCACGCAGCGCCGCCGCCUCCGCGCCAUCGUCACCGAUGUGGUCCUGGCCACAGACAUGGCCAGACACAUGGCGCUGCUGGCCGACCUCAGGGCGGUGGUGCAGACAAAGCAGCUGACGGACAGCGGGGCGCUGCGACUGCACAGCGACAGCGCGCGCAUCCAGGUGCUGCGUGCCGUCGUGCACUGCGCGGAUCUCAGCAACCCGACGCGGGCGCUGCCGCUGUCGCGCCAAUGGUCCGAGCGCAUCAUGGAGGAAUUCUUCCAGCAGGGCGACCGCGAGCGGCAGCGCGGAAUGGAGGUCAGCGCCAUGUGCGACCGCGGCACCGCCUCCAUCGAGAGGGCACAGGUGUGUUUCAUUGAGGAGGUGGUGCAGCCGCUCUGGGAGACGUGGGCUGCGUUGGUGCGACCUGAAGCGCAGGAAAUGCUGCAGGCGCUGCAGCGCAACCACGAGUGGUACCGACAGCGCAUCGCCCCCCAACCUGGGAGCGACCCCCCCCCCCAGGGGGGAAACACCCCCCCCAUGGAAAGCAGCUCUGAGCUGAGCUGAGCCCACAUGGGGGGCGAUGGGGAUGGCCCCCCCCUCCCACGGCAGCACCCCUUCUUAGGGGGUGUCUAUGUGGGGGGAAGUGGCGACCCCCUGUCCACAUUAUGGGGGUCUGUACUGGAGGGGGGGAGUGGUGACCCUUGCUCCCCCCCAAGCAUCACCCCCUCCCUAUGGGGUUUCUGUAGGGAGGAGAGUGGUGAGCCCCCCCCCUCCGCAUUAUGGGUGUUUCUAUGGGUGGGGGGAAUGUGGUGACCCCCUCCCCACAGCAUCACCCCCUCCCCAUAGGGUUUCUAUGGGGGCAGGUGUGAUCCAGCCCACACACAUGGGGCUUUUAUGGGUGGGGGGAAGAGUGGUGACCCC